CCAGUCGCCUACUGCUAUAUUGGUAAGACUGUAUGUACAUUUUUCUUCAUGUGCGUUGUUUGCGUACAUGAAAGCAAUAAAAACAGUAAUUAUGAUGUGUGUGCACUUGUUUUUCUGGAGAGCGGAAGUAGACAGCGUAGGUGGUCCUGCAACAUUCUCCUGUAAGUUAUUUACAAUUGGCAGGAACAAUUCGAGCGCGUCCAAUAGAACAUAACCUAACUUUUGAAUCUGUCAAGUGUCCAAUGAAUGAAGAAUUGUACAGUUUUUGUUGCACUGUUGUCGUCAAGGCUAAUUGCUGACCCAGCCCAUAAAAUAUUGUUUCCAGCAUUGCUGAUUUCACUUUGUUAAUUGUUGCUAACGUGUUUGUAAACUAGUGAAUAGCCAGACUUUGGAGGCGAGAAAUAUAGAACAUUGGUGAUAGCCCUGGCUCUUAUCGAAGGAGUUUUCCACGUUUUGUUUACAUUUGUAAUUGCUCUCAACCCUUGCGAUUUUUGUGAAUCAGAAAGUUUUCUUGCCAGUUUAAGAGAGAUAAGAGCAAUUGAUACUUGUGACAGAUUGUAUAUGCGUGGUAGAGUUGCAAAAAUGAUUCAUCAGAAAUGUACCAGGGGAUUGUAUCCAUCGAGUAAUGUGCAGAGAUUUGAGGUGCCGGAAGAUAAGGUAGCCUGGAGUGUAGAAUUCCCAGAGUAUGAGCCUGUUGAAUUUAAUUCACCUGUUCUGAAGGGUAAACCUUGGGCUGAUCCUGAAAUUGAUGAUCCGUCGUUUGAGCCCAAAUGGAAUUCUAUUGAUGGCAAGGUGAAUCGUGAAAGUUACACAAAAAACUAUGAGCUAAAUGAUAUCGGCCAGCCUCAGAAUCCGAUUGGCCGAACUGGAAUUGUCGGUCGGGGACUUUUGGGCCGUUGGGGGCCAAAUCACGCGGCUGAUCCGAUUGUAACUCGAUGGAAACGAAACAGUACCGGGGCUUUGGAAAUUGACCGAAAAACCGAGAAACCAAUUCUCCAAUUUGUCGCAAUAGAGCGAAGAGAUUCGAAAAAUUGGGCUAUUCCUGGAGGUAUGGUAGAUCCCGGAGAACAAGUUUCCGAAACUUUGAAGCGGGAAUUUAUGGAAGAAGCCUUGAACGCCCUCGAAAAGAGCGCCGAGGAAAAAGAAGAGAUGGAAGUCGCUCUGAAAAAGUUCUUUGAUCGAGGAGAUGAGGUUUAUAGGGGCUACGUCGAUGAUUCGAGAAAUACUGACAACGCUUGGAUGGAAACGAUCGCCUUGAAUUUCCACGACGAAGACGGUAGUACCGUUGGCGAAAUUAAUUUAAAGGCCGGCGACGAUGCGAGCAAUGUCAGGUGGAUGGACGUCGACAAACAACUCAACCUCUUCGCCAAUCACGUCGACUUUAUUAAACAGACUGCACACAAGCGUAACGCUCAUUGGUAAUCAAAACCAAUUAUGAAUUCUACGGAAAUAUAUUUUUUAUGUCGCGCUUUCUACGUGAUUUUGGUGAUUUACUUCUACUAAAUAUUUUCUCAAAGAUUAUAUUUAUCUUGUUACUCUAUGUCACAAAAGUCUACAAAUGUUCUUUAUGCUUAGAUCUAGGGAAAUAACGUACAAAGAUUUAUAGAAAAUUACAGUAACUUUAUUUUGUACCAUAGUCAUCUAGAAUAUACAUGCACUUUCAGAUAAAGAUUAGGAUAUAAUUACAAAUUGCGUUUGACGCAGGAAAAAAUCACAGGUAACAAUUCGUUCGAAUGGUCAGAUUUUGAAAAUUUGUUUUCUUGAAAAACAAAUGAGGGUAAUAAUCUGUCAUGCUUUUGGUGUUUGCUUAGAACAAGUUUACGAUUUACGAGUCGACCAAACUUGAUCUUGGAUAAACUUAUUCCCAUAUUUGUAAUGUUUUUCAAAUGAAUAAGAGUGUACAGUAUCCUGUUAUUUAUCUAUCCUCGACGCAAAUACCAAUAAGGCGUUGUAAAUUUUAUUUACAAAGUUUGAUACAAAUAUAUAAUAUUCAAAAAUAAAA